AUGGACGAAAUCUUUGCUCAUGCUAAAAAUAUUCUGGUUAUCUGGGCUCCUGAUGUUAAACCAGAAAAUUUACCAGUCUUUCAAGAAACAAUACAAACCAAAGCAAAACAAGCUAGUAUUGCCUUUGAAAACGUGGAUAUGCUUUUUGAGUCUCAUCGUUCAUCAUCAGCAUUUGAUAUAAUACUUUUUGGUCUUGUAAGUAAACGAGAUACACGAAUAACGAUUGAUAUUUUAAAUGAAUUAUUUCGUUUACUUCGUCCAAAUGGUUAUCUUAUAACACAUGUUGAACAUACAAAACAAUCGCAAACAAUUGAUCAAUUUAAAAUGUGUGGUUUUAGUAGUUGUAAUCCAUUAGAUACAAAUUCAUCGUUUUUAAUUGAAAAUAAAAAUGAUGAUGUUAAAAAACUUGGUUCAUUAUGGUUAUGUCAAAAACCAUCAUUUGACAUUGGUUACUCAGUACCAUUACGAAAUGCAACUGAUAGUCGUAUGGGGCAAACAUCAUCAUCAUCAACAGCAGCUGGUGGAAAAAAAACAUGGACAAUGGAAGAUGAUGAUUUAAUUGAUACAGAUGAAUUAUUAGAUGAAAAUGAUCGAAAAAAACCUGAUGUUAAAAAAUAUGAUUGUGGUACAACAUCGACUGGUGUUCGAAAAGCAUGUAAAAAUUGUACAUGUGGUUUAGCACAAGAACUUGAACAAGAAGAACAUACAGCAGCAAAACAAUCGGUUAAAUCAUCAUGUGGAAGUUGUUAUCUAGGCGAUGCUUUUCGAUGUGCUGGUUGUCCAUUACGUGGUUUACCACCGUUUAAACCUGGCGAACGUGUUACCGUACCAAAUAUGUCCGACAAAAGUAUCAAUGAUGAAAUCAAAUUUGAAUAUAUACAAGAUAACAUUUGUUAUGGAAAACGGGUUCUGUGUUACUAUACCAAUUGGUCGGGUUAUCGACCAAGUGCUGGACGAUUUUCUGUUCAAGAUAUUGAUCCUAAUUUAUGUACACAUAUUAUAUAUUCAUUUGCAAGUGUUCGAGGAAAUGGUUUAGGAACAACUGAGGGAAGCGAUCCUGAAAAUUAUAAACAAAUCAUUGCAUUGAAAGAGAAAAAUCCUGACUUAAAAGUCAUGCUUGCAGUCGGUGGUUGGAAUCAUGGAUCAGAACCAUUUACACGAAUGGUUGCUACAGAACAAUCACGACAAGAAUUUGUUGAAAAUUCAUAUAACCUUAUUAAACAAUAUGGGUUUGAUGGUCUUGAUCUUGAUUGGGAAUAUCCAGCUGAUCGUGGUAGUCCACCUGAAGAUCGACAGCGAUUUACACAAUUAGUUGAGCAAUUAAGUAAAAAAUAUAAACCUGAGGGUCUUUUAUUAUCAGCUGCAACACCAGCAACACCUUGGAGAUAUGAUGGUAGCUAUGAACCUGAAAUUUGCAAACAUUUAGAUUUUAUUAAUAUGAUGACAUACGAUUAUACUGGUCAAUGGGAAACUAUUGCUGGACAUAAUAGUCCAUUAACAAGUCAAAAACAAACUGUUGAACACAUGUUAAAAAAACCAGGUUGUACACCGGAUAAGUUAAAUUUAGGCAUGGGUGCAUAUGGACGAACUCAUCAACUUGCUAAUCCUUCAGCGACAGCAAUUGGUUCUCCUACUCUUGGUGGUGGUGCCAUGGCUGGUGCAUACACAGGAGAAAGUGGUUUUAUGAGUUAUUAUGAAGUAUGUCAAAAACUUAAGGAAGGAUGGAAAAAAGAAUGGUCGGAUCAACAUAAAGUACCAUAUGCCUACUCUGGUUCGAAUUGGGUUGGUUAUGAUGAUACAGAAAGUAUUGCUCUUAAAGCUGAAUAUGUCAACGAAAUGAAUUUAGGUGGAGCUAUGUUUUGGACAAUGGAUUUAGAUGAUUUUCGUGGUGAACAAUGCGGUGAAGGAAAGUAUCCAUUAAUUAAUACGGCGAAAGAUAUUGUCAAUGGAAAAGGGCCAUCAACAAAACCCCCGAUAACGCGUACUACACCCACAAUGACAACACACACUACAUAUACAACUACACCAAAACCUGAUCAAACAGAUACGGCAGCAGUGUAUUGUCUAUAUUCAAAAGAAAAGCAAAUUUAUGCAAAUGUCUCAAAUGAUUGUCAAAGUUAUUAUGAAUGUCUGAUAACACCUAGUGGCAAGCAGAUAACUGUAUCACGAAAAUGUCCUACACCACUCAUUUAUUCUGAAGAUAAAAAGAGAUGUAUGAAAGAAAAAGAAUUAAGUGAUGUUCAAAUAAAAUGUUCAACAAAAUUGCGAAUUCCAGCAGCACCAAUAGCAUCAACUAAUUGUUGGGAUCCAUCAUCUUUCGUAAGUGAUUCAAUGUGUCGUUUCUUUACAGAUUGCUCAAGCAAAAGUCGUUAUGAAUGUCCAUCUGAUUCAUCAUUUGCAUUGAGUCUAAAACGAUGUGUACCAAAAGAAAAUGUUCAAUGUUGGUAUUAA